UCAGAUAUAAACGCACACGCACUGCGCUAGCUCUUAUCUGACAGGGUUAUAAGUGACGGUAGAGUUCAGUCAGGUCCACAUAACUGCACACAUCUGGAAUCUGUCACAGCCGAGAACGCGCUCGGAACACAAACCCCGACAUUUCUACACCAGCGCUUUAUUCAAAUCGACAAGGAAGUGAACAGACGAAGUGAACACUGUUUAUUAUACGGACGAGAAUUAAACAGGUCCGUGUUGUUGCUGUUCCCAGCAGCUUGCAGCUAGCCGGCUUGCUAACAGCGGAACGUUGCUCUGUCCGUCUGCCUACCUGACAGAGACGGACUGACAGGAUAUCUAUGGGCUGGCUGCCUGGCUGGGCAUUUGCCGACCAAAUGGAAAUGCCAAUGGCUCACUCAUAGCCCGCUUGAGCAACUAUAUCAGGUUUUAUUUAUUAAGGUAUAAAAGAUGAACCUGACUCCAGCCCUCUGACGCCCCUGAGCUAGGGCCUGCAUGGUGGAUUCUGCGUUCUCCCCCGUCCACCGCCAACAUGCUGAUCAAAGAGUACCGCAUCCCCAUGCCCAUGAGUGUGGAGGAGUACCGUAUUGCUCAGCUCUACAUGAUCCAGAAAAAGAGUCGUGAGGAGAGCGAGGGUGAGGGCAGCGGUGUGGAGAUCCUGGAGAAUCGGCCCUACACAGACGGACCCGGUGGCACGGGACAAUACACUCACAAAGUCUACCACAUCGGCCAGCAUAUACCCAGCUGGUUCCGCUCCAUCCUGCCUAAAGCUGCUCUACGGGUGGAGGAGGAGUCCUGGAACGCCUACCCUUACACUCGCACACGGUACACAUGUCCAUUUGUUGAGAAGUUCUCUAUUGAUAUCGAGACGUAUUACAAGCCUGAUACGGGAACCCAGAACAAUGUCUUCAAUUUGUCCUCAGCGGAAAAACGUCAGAGAGAUAUCGAUCCCAUAGACAUCGUGAAGGACUUCAUCGCACCACAUGAGUAUCUGGUUGAGGAGGAUCCCAAGCUUUACAAGUCAGUGAAGACCCAGCGGGGCCCUCUGUCUGACGACUGGAUCGAGGAGAUUACAGACGACUCCAGCCAGAUGCCCGUCAUGUGCGCCUACAAGCUGUGCAAAGUGGAGUUCCGCUACUGGGGCAUGCAGUCCAAGAUUGAGCGCUUCAUUCAUGAUGUGGGUCUUAGGAAAGUGAUGGUGCGUGCACACCGGCAGGCCUGGUGCUGGCAGGACGAGUGGUACGGCCUUACCAUGGAGGACAUUCGGCAGCUGGAACUGGAGACCCAGCUGGCCCUGGCCAAGAAGAUGGCACAGUUUAGCUGCAAUGAGGACGGCGGCGAGGCCAAUGCCAGUCCGGCCAAAGAGCAAGAUGCCAAAGAGGCCAUCAACGCCAUAGAGAACGAGAGUGCACCCCGCAACCUCGGGGACACGCUUCAGGCUCGUGGAGAACUCACCAAGCAGUGGUCCACCUCGUCCAGAUCUUCACGGUCUUCCAAACGAGGGGGAAGCCCUUCUCGGCACAGCAUUUCCGAAUGGCGCAUGCAGAGCAUUGCUCGCGACUCAGACGACAGCACGGACGACGAGUUUUUUGAUGCACACGAGGACCUCUCGGAUAACGAGGAGAUUUUCGCCAAGGAGAUCACGAAGUGGAACUCCAACGACCUGAUGGACAAAAUCGAGACGGCCGAGGCCGACGAACCUCAGAGUGACUUGUAUCCUGAAUCUGGGGUUGUGUAUUCUGAAACGGGCAACGCAGAGAGACUUAAUGAGGAUGAUUCCGGACAGCAGGGUCUACAGUCGUCGAAGGUGCACGUGCUGCUUCUGAUCCUUCAUGGUGGCAACAUCCUAGACACAGGGGGAGGGGAGCAAGGCGGCAAGCAAGCUGACGUCAAUACCAUCAGCUCUGUGUUCGAGACCGUGAUGCGUGUACAUUACCCGGCAGCACUGGGCCGUAUUGCCAUCCGCUUAGUGCCCUGCCCAGCUGUGUGUGUGGAAGCUUUCUCGCUUGUAUCAAAUUUAAGUCCAUACAGCUAUGAUGAGGGCUGCCUCUCCAACAGUCAGGACCACAUCCCUCUGGCGGCUCUGCCCCUUUUGGCCACGUCUGCUCCCCAGUACCAGGAUGCCGUGGCUGCCGUCAUAAUCCGAGCCAAUCAGGUCUAUGGAGACUUCAUGAAAUCAUUGGAAGGUGCACCAUUCUCCGGCCAGGUGUGUCUGAUAGGAGACUGUGUUGGAGGAAUUCUGGGUUUCGAUGCUCUGUGCAGCAGCAACAUCACUGUAUCAGAGAGCCAAAACAGCAGCAGAAGAGGAAGCAUAGUCAGUGUGCAGGAUAACGACCUGCUCUCACCGGGCAUUAUCAUCAACAGUAGCCACUGCACACCAGGCUCCGGCUCAGGCUCAGGUUUGUCGCUGGAAGGCAGCCGUCACCUAAGUCGCAGCAACAUUGACAUCCCACGGUGCAGCGGUGCUGACGAUCCUAAGAAGCAGCUGCCACGCAAACGCAGUGACUCAUCCACGUAUGAACUGGACACCAUUAAACAGCACCAGGCCUUCCUGUCCAGCUUGCACAGUAGUGUUCUGCGGAAUGAUCCAGGCUCUCGGCGGUCCAGUAACAGCACCAUGCUGGAAGGCAGCGGCGCUCUUGGCAAGUUUGAUUUCGAGGUGUCUGAUUUCUUUCUUUUCGGCUCUCCGCUGGGCCUGGUGCUGGCUCUGAGGAAAACUGUGGUUCCUUCUCUUGAUGUUGCUCAUCUUCGCCCAGCCUGCCAGCAGGUGUAUAACCUGUUCCACCCCGCAGACCCGUCAGCCUCUCGCCUUGAGCCUCUGUUGGAGAAAAAGUUUCACCUACUGGCGCCUUUCAGUGUGCCUCGCUACCAGCGUUUUCCUUUGGGUGAUGGGAACUCUGCACUGCUGGUGGAGACUCUCCAGAGCAACCCUCACCUCCUGCUGGAGAGUGGAGGCCGCUACCACGACAGCCUAGGCGAGACCUCCAUUCCUGUGCCUGUGCUCAACUGGCAGGCUGCGCCAGCCACACCUGAGUCCGAUGUAAUACAAUCUCACGGAGGGCUGUUCAUAGAGAAUUCAUACCCCUCAUCUCCUGCCUCAGCCCCUGCGUCCCGCAUAAUCCGAAGACCCAGCGAGGUCAGCAUCGCCAGCCAGGUUUCAGGACUGGCUGACAGCUACACUGCCUCCAAUAUUGCCAACACACAAGCAUGCCAUCUCUAUCAGUCCAAAAAGCUUAGCCUUUUGUCCCAGCUGGCCCUUCCUUAUAACAAAAUGUACUCGAGAAGCCCGUCCCCGAAAGCUCGCCACAGGUUGCUCAGUAGCAGCGUGGCGAGCUCAGACGAGGCGAGCUGCUUCGAGUCCUCCGCAUUCUUCGACUCCAGGGCUCCCUCACCAAGCAUGCAGCUGGAUAUAGAGCAAGUUGCUUCUCGUUGGUGGGGAACAAAACGUAUUGACUUUGCCUUGUACUGCCCUGAUGCUCUGACUGCCUUUCCCACUGUGGCCCUACCUCACCUGUUCCAUGCCUCGUACUGGGAGUCCACAGACGUCGUGUCCUUUCUGCUCAGACAGGUAAUGAGGCACGAGAACUCCAGUAUACUGGAGCUGGAUGGGAAGGAGGUUUCUGAAUUCACACCAUCAAAACCACGGGAGAAAUGGCUGAGGAAGAGGACACAUGUUAAGAUCAGGAAUGUCACAGCGAACCAUCGUGUAAAUGAUGGAGUCUUCACAGAGGACGGUUUGCAGGUGGUCACUGGGCGCUUCAUGUAUGGGCCGCUGGAUAUGGUCACUUUAACUGGAGAAAAGGUUGACAUCCAUAUAAUGACACAGCCCCCAUCGGGUGAGUGGGUGUACUUUCACACUGAGCUGACCAAUAGCAGUGGUCGGGUUUACUAUACGAUUCCUGAGAGCAAGCGACUGGGGAUUGGUGUGUACCCAGUCAAAAUGGUGGUCAGAGGAGACCACACGUCUGCAGACAGCUAUCUUACCGUGCUGCCCCGGGCAACAGAGUUUGUGGUGUUCAGCAUCGAUGGCUCAUUUGCUGCCAGCGUGUCCAUUAUGGGCAGUGAUCCUAAAGUGAGAGCAGGGGCAGUGGAUGUGGUCAGGCACUGGCAGGACUUGGGAUACCUGAUCGUGUACGUGACUGGUCGUCCAGACAUGCAGAAGCAACGGGUAGUAGCCUGGCUCUCGCAGCACAAUUUUCCUCAUGGCAUCGUGUCCUUCUGUGACGGAUUGGUGCAUGACCCCCUCCGACACAAAGCUAACUUCCUCAAGUCUCUUAUUACUGAGGCACAUAUGAAGAUCUUUGCUGCAUAUGGCUCCACAAAGGACAUCUCAGUGUACACAUCACUCGGCCUGCCUUCCUCUCAGAUCUACAUAGUUGGCAGACCAACAAAGAAAAUGCAGCACCAGUGUCAGUUCAUCUCAGACGGCUACGCGUCUCACCUUUCGCACCUGGAGUACAGCCAGCGUUCGCGGCCAGCCAAGACCGGCAGCACACGCGUGACCCUCCGCAAGGGCAGUUUCGGCCUGGGAGCCAGCGGCGACUUCUUGCGAAAGCGCAACCACCUGCUGCGCACCAUUUCCUCCCAACCGACCUCAUCCCCUUCCGUCACGUCGGGCGGUCACGGGGGCCGUCCUGAGCGCGCCCAGAGCCAGUCGGAGUUUGACCGUGAUCGUGCUGAGCGGGCACAGAGGAGCAUGAGCAUUGCGGCUGGCUGUUUCGGACGCUCUGGGAAGCUGGAUGGGGGCGCGCUGAGCCCCAAGUAGACUUCUGUCAGUACAAGGCGAAGAACUGGGAGUCUGCAGGCCCUGGGGUGGUUGAAGUGGGUGGAUUUAGAAUGUAAAGAAUGAGGGGGCGCGAGGAGACUGGCACAGAUGUUUUCAUGUAGCAGAAGUGGCAUUGUGGAAGGAGGUUUAGUUUCUGCUGGGUGCUCUAGGAAGUUUAAUGCCUUAAGCAGCGCUCUGUGUCCUGAAACACUGGUCCUUGCUUCUCGAUUAGCUUGAAUGUAUGAUGAAACGGGCAUUUGGGUUGAUAUUGACUCUCUUACGCACCUCAUUUACUGACUUUCCAUCUGUAAAUACGUGCCCCCUUCCACUCUCAGGGCAGCAUGGACAUACGUGUUGGCCAUGGUCAAUGCCAGGCGCCACUGUUAGCCACACUUACUCUUAGCCAAUGCUAGCCUUUAGUCUCUGCAGCAUUUGGACGUACGAACCCACCACGUUGUAUCUGGAGUUCGCCAUGGCCGACAGGCAAUCGGAGAACUAACCACAUGACACGGAACGAGCGCUGCUCUCAGGCCGAAUCCGAGGACCUCGACCUUCUUUUUUGACACUUAACCUGUAAAUGAGCAACGAUCCCUUUAUCUGGCCAUCUGCUUGCAAUACCUCUUGGGUGCCACUAGGGCGCCUACUGCUCCUGAAACCGUCCAGUCUCUCUCUGGUGCAGCAUGCCAUGUGCAACUUGGCGACAGCCGAGUGACGAUCCUCCACGCUUUCACUUUAACCCAGCAUUCUUCUUCUGUCUGUUCUGGAGUAAAAACCGUGCUGCUUCUUUUUCUGCGAUCGAUCAAGUAGCUUUGAAAGAACGCUGAACGGUUCCGAUGGUGACAGGCAGCGCUCGCCAAGCGCUCUGCACUUUUAUUUCUACCAUUAUGACAAAUCACGAGGUGUACAGACCAAUGGCAACACUUGAUGCUACAACCGAUGGCCAAAAUCAUUUCACUUUCUGUAAAGCUGUAGUUCCUUACCUGUAUGACCUCAUUGUUCUUUUUUGCACUAGACGAUAGUGGAGGACUUUGUUACCAUCUCAUGUGGCUACAUAUUGUUCCUGUGUAGUGCAUGAUAUUAUUAAUAUAUUGCAGGAUGUAAGUGUGUGUGUGUGCGCAAAUGCUAGUAUUUAUACCUAAUGGCAGGAUUAAACAGAAACGUGCCAAAACUAGGCUGAUCAUAGGAACAGGAAAAACAACUUAGACUUUAUUCAAUAUUUUCUUUGUAAUGUACUACUGAGUAUUUCAGCUGGGAGUAUACGUAUCCAAACUACGCUUUUAAGAUGUAAAGACUUCCGUUUUGAUGGCACACAUAUAUUGUUUAGAAGAUUUGGAUCAUUUCAGGUCAACAUGAAGUCAGUGCUCAAGUUUACUGUUCAUUUAGAAGUGAGAUGUACAGAACUAUUGCAGGUUAUUGUUUUAUUCAUAAGCUGUGAUUUUACUUGUUUUAAAAAUUCUAUGGCAUGAUCAGUUGUAGCCAAAUACUGUAUAAAGAUUUUAUUUGGUAGCUCUUGUGUCGGAAAGAUCCUGAAUGGGAAUGUGUGUCAUGUUUCGUUGGGGUUCUGUGUGAGCUGUGCGUUUUCAUUGAAUGCUGCAGGGUUUUUGUUACCAAAUCGGCGGUGCAGGGGAUCGUAGAGAAGCGAUGUCUGUACGGGAAUAAAGAAAGUGUAGAUAUUGUAAAGAUGUACAUUUUACUACAUAGGAAAUAUGGUCAGGAAUUAUUUAUGUAGAUUGGAGUAUUGUAUAAGUCAAACUUUAAUGUAUUCAUGGUCGCAUAGAAUGAAGACGGAUUAUUUAAGGAAUUACAACAUAGAUGCCAUUGUAGUUAUGUACAACCAAACCGCAAGACACCACCGCACAGACAAUCAGUCUCGGGCACACUAACAACAUCCUGUGAAUUUGUAUUUUGGGGGAACAAAGAUCCAUAAAGAAAGAAAAUUUACACACAGAAAACUCUCACCAAGGACUUAAAGAGGGGGAUCGGUGGUUUUUGUGUCAGAUACUUCUUAUGACAUUUGGUGAUGUUCCUCUCAUGUUUGGAAGCAAAGCAUUGAAUAUACACUGAUCA